AAAAAAAAAUUAUAAAAAAUAACUUUCAUUUAAAACUAGAUGAAUGCUCCAAGGUACAUUUAAAAAAGUAUAGUUAACUAGCAUUAACAAAAUUAUGAAUAUAAGAAUCAUGUUAAAAGGCUACAAGAAAUAAAAACUAAAAGAUCUAAAACUCUUUCCAGCAACACUUCGAGUUCCUUAGACUUGAAGUCUAAACAGUAAAUGAGAUUUCUAAAAUAAUAAAUUGAUAAAUUAAACGUGAUAAAUAAAGAAAAUGAAGCUUUGCUUGGAAGAUUAGUUAAUAUCAACAAUGGAAAGCUAAAAAGGUUUGUUAAUAGUGAUUAAGUUGAGGAUUCUAUGUUUAAAUUUAUAUAGAAAAAAGCAGAUGUAAGUGAAAUACAACGUAAAAUUUAAGAAGAAAAGUUGAAAGAAGAGAAUACUUAGAUAGUUAGAAGAUUAAUUGAGCGUAUUUAAAAAAAUGAAUAGUUGAGUAAAGAAUAAAGACAAAGAGCUAUAUCAGAAUAUCUCAAGCAGCGUAAAUUAAUGUAGAAAUAUAGUAAUUACUAAGCUGAACCAUCUAAAAUGAAUAUCAGUUCUAACGAAAAUAAUAUUUCAACAGAACAUAAUGAAAAUAGUCGUUAUAUACGUAGCAAUAACUUGCCUAGUUAAGAAAGAGAUUAAAACAAUAGCCCAGGAGCCCAUAGUGGUGAAUUAAAGUUACCACCUUUGUAAGAAUAAAAGAAUAUACUAGUAAGUGAAAAUGAUAUAUCCUAGCGCUCAUAAAGCAGUAAGCUUGUAUCAAAAGGAACACAUAAAAAUAGUAUAACACAUGGAAUUAAUUCAAAUAAUAUAAGUUUGAAUUCAGGAAGUGGGAAUAAAUAUAAUUAUCAAGUCAAGGGCAAUACUGAAAUAAAUAAUGGAAGUCACAAUUAUAGUAAUGUUAGUUCAAAUUAAAUAAAUAGGAAGAAUACUAGCAAUUCAAGUUAAAAGUACGAAUAUAGUGAGUAAAAUUCUGCCAUGUAUCAAUAUGAAAAUCACAAUAUGAUUAAUUAAAUUGAAAAUUUAAAAAGCAAUACAUCUUAAAAAGGAAAAUCUAAAGAGAAAAAGCUACUUAACAACAUCCUAUAAGAAUGCUAUACUAAAUCAGAUCAGUAAAAAUCUUCUCGUUCUAUGGAUUAGUCAAAAGUAGUCAGUGUAAAGAAUUAAGAUGGAAAUACUUCUAAAGUAAUAUAAACAAAUGAAUCUUCAGAGAAUAUGAAUUUUUAAAAAAUCAGAAGUGAAAAUACUUCUUCAAAAAAUAAUACUUCAAUAAAUACAUUAUAAGACAUUGAGCCUAAAAAAUCUUAAACAGAUAAUACUAAUUCUGUAAAAAUUGGUAAAAUAUUAAACACUAACCAAAAUAAAAAUGUAAAACUUCAGAAUACAAUAUAAUAAAAUCAAAAAAAUAUAAAGGACUAAAACAACUUAAGUUUAGCUUCAAUUUAAAACAAAAGCAAAGCAAAUCAGAGUAAAAAUACAACACUACAACAAUCAAAUUCUAGUAAGCAACAUAAAAUACCAAUAAAUAAACUAAGAUGCUCAAGUGAAAAAAUAGAUUUGGGAUCUAAUUAAAAAGUUUAUAAAGACAAAAGAAGAAUUUCUACAACAGCAGCUAAUAAUAAUGAUGACGAUGAUAGAUAUGAUGAUGAGCCUGAAAAAAUAAAUAUAAAACAAAAUCAAAAAAAACCAAUAAUAUAGGAUGAAAAAACAAUCUAUUAAAAAAGAAAUAGUGCUUAAGUUGUAGAAAACGAAGAUAUACCUUAAAGCUAUACUCCCUAGAAGCAAAGCUAUAAUGAAGAAGACUACCAUUAAGAAUAUGAAAUAGAAGAAGAUGAAUGCAUUUAAGAAGAUAAAAGUUCGUAAAAUAAAAAAUAACAAUAAUAAAAACCUUUAGAUUCUUAUAACUUUUAUGACAAAGAUUAAUAGAAGACAUAAAAUGUAACUAAAUCUCAAAAUCGUUAUUAAAAUUAAAGCUAGUAAAUUGAAGAUGAUUAAAUAAUAGAUGAAGAUUUUAAUUUAUGA